AUUUGCAAAGAGAUAGAAAGAAAGAGACUUGGUAGAGAAAUGGAGAAAAGCAAUGAGUCACCUGCAAGAGCCCUAAACCCAUUAAAUGGAGGAGAACCCUUAAAGGAAGGAGUUAAAUCUAAGGUAGUAGUAGUAAUGGGUCCAACUGGGUCGGGAAAAUCCCGUUUAGCCAUUGAUUUGGCCACCCAUUUUCCUAUUGAAAUCAUCAACGCUGAUUCCAUGCAAGUCUAUCAAGGUCUUGAUGUCCUCACCAAUAAAGUUCCUCUCUAUGACCAAAAAGGAGUGCCACAUCAUCUUCUGGGUACGGUUAGCUCUGAUAUGGAAUUCACUGCUAAGAAAUUCAGGGAUUCUGCAAUUCCUAUUAUUAAUGAUAUAUUAACUCGCAACCAAUUGCCAGUCAUUGUUGGAGGCACCAAUUACUAUAUUCAGGCACUUGUGAGUUCAUUCCUUCUUGAUGAAUCAGCAGAAGAUAUGUCCGAAAUCUAUUCAAGCGAUCAUCCUGGAAAUGAGCAGACAGAUCAUAUGCUUGACGUGCUGGGAGACAGUUGCAAUUAUAGCUAUGAUCUUCUUAAAGAACUUGAUCCAGUUGCGGCAAACAGAAUUCAUCCAAAUAAUCAUAGAAAAAUUAAUCAUUACCACAGUCUUUAUGCUCGUUCUGGUGUUCUUCCAAGCAAACUUUUUCAGGGAAAGGCUGCAGAGAACUGGGGUCGAUUCGAUAAUUCUAGAUACAGUUGCUGUUUUAUAUGUGUUGAUGCUUCCUUACCUGUGUUGGAUCAGUAUGUGGAACACAGGGUAGACUGCAUGGUAGAUGCUGGUUUGCUUGAUGAAGUUUAUGACAUUUACAAUCCAAAUGCAAAUUAUACUCUAGGUUUGCGACAGGCCAUUGGCGUUCGAGAAUUCGAGAAUUUUUUUCGAGCUUAUUUUUCUGGCAACAUGGAUGAUGACAUGGGUGAUUCUUCUGAUGGAACCCCCCUAAAGCUGUCGACAAGGAUGGAUGAUAAAUUGUUCAAAGAAAAUAUUAGGAGUAUACUAAAUUCCACUAGUGAUAACCCGCAAAAAAUUCUUUUAGAAGAAGCCAUUGGCAAAGUAAAAGUAAACACCCAAAGACUUGUUCGCCGUCAAAAAAGGAGGGUCAAUCAACUUCAGACAUUGUUUGGAUGGAAUAUUAUUUAUGUUGAUGCAACAGAAUCUAUAUCAAAGAAAUCAGACGAGUGUUGGGCAGGACAAGUGGUCGGACUUGCCGUGGAAAUUAUCAGAUCUUUCCUCAGUGAAGAUUAUAGUAGAGGACAAGCGUCGGACGAGGGAAAUAAAACUGUAACGGAUAUAGUCCAAAGGGACUUGUGGACUCAAUACGUUUGCAAGGCCUGCGGAGAUAGGAUACUAAGAGGAGCACACGAGUGGGAACAACAUAUAAAGGGUCGUGGGCAUCGAAAACGAAUGUCAAGCCUUCGGAAGUCCCAAAGUUUCGCACAACUGAAACAUCCGAGUUUGUAACAUUUACUGUUGGAA